GCACGGAGGGGGCGACGGCCUCGGUGACGCGGCGGCGGCGGCGGCGGCGGCGCGUGAAACGCGCGUUUCCCCGCGUCUUGGGAUCAGUGUCCUGGCCCCCGCCGCUCCCGCCGCCGCCAUGUCGGGCCGGUCAGUCCGGGCCGAGACCCGCAGCCGGGCCAAAGACGACAUCAAGAAGGUGAUGGCAGCCAUCGAGAAAGUGAGGAAAUGGGAGAAAAAGUGGGUGACUGUGGGUGACACAUCCCUUAGGAUAUUUAAGUGGGUUCCUGUGACAGACAGCAAGGAGAAAGAAAAGUCAAAAUCGAACAGUUCAGCAACCCGGGAACCUAAUGGCUUUCCUUCUGACGCCUCAGCCAAUUCCUCUCUCCUUCUUGAAUUCCAGGACGAGAACAGCAACCAGAGCUCUGUGUCUGAUGUCUAUCAGCUCAAGGUGGACAGCAGUACCAACUCGAGCCCUAGCCCCCAGCCCAGCGAGUCCCUGAGCCCAGCCCACACGUCCGACUUCCGCACGGAUGACUCCCAGCCCCCGACUCUGGGCCAGGAGAUCCUCGAGGAGCCCUCCCUGCCUGCCUCAGAAGUCGCUGAUGAACCUCCCACCCUCACAAAGGAAGAACCAGUGCCCCUGGAGACACAGACUGCUGAGGAAGAGGAAGACUCAGGCGCCCCGCCCCUGAAGCGCUUCUGUGUGGACCAACCCACCGUGCCGCAGACAGCAUCUGAAAGCUAGCACUCCCCGGGCCCCCUCACCUCUGGCCCUGCCUCUAUUGAUUGCGUUCUGGCUCUGGCCAUGCUGGGUUGCUGGGGGACGGGCAAGCAUUGGGUCCAGAGCCUGCACAUGGUAGCCUUCUGGGCUGGAAGGCUGGCGUAGGACUGGGGUUGUCGCACCAUCUUCCUGGCACCGUGUCGCUUGCUCCUGAGGAGAGGCGCACUCACGUCCUUGCUGCACCCCAAGUAGGCUGGUGCACCAGCCACUCCAGGGUUCAUCCGUCACCUCCAGGUAGCAUUCUGUGCUGCAGAACCUCUGGGCUGAGCUGCUGGCACUUCUGUGAGAAAGAUGUGGAAGGCACCCUGGAAGAAAGCUGCCAGGGUUACAUGAACUUGAACAGACUUUCCCUCAGGGCUGGGCCCUUGGGCUGCUGUUGGAAAAGGACUGGUGGAGACAAUGGGAGGAAGGAUUCCCAGGAAGGAAGGCUCUUCUCCAUGCUGGGCACAAAGUCCACGUGGGUCGCCUUCUGUCCAGGCCCAUUCCUGGGACGGUCCUGCCUCUCCCAGGAUCUCUCGCUGCUGACAGUCUGUGCCUGCCAGACCGUGGUCCUUGUCCCCAACACACGUACGCACACGCAUUCACGCACACGCAGCUCUGCACCUGUGCACCUCAUUCCAGCAUCCCCGCCUCCCGCCACAUACUCUGCCCCAGCAAGGAUCGGAGGUUCCGACAACAGUACCUGCCCCACGGUACACCUCCAGCUCACACUUUCUAGAAGGUUCCCUUUUCUUUGAAAUCUGCAUGUUUAACUGAACUUCGAUUUUAUUUUUUGUUUCAAAAAAAGUUUAAGCAAAAUGGAAAUGAGCAACAGCGUGUGAAGACAUAUUUUAGCACUGAAUAGAAUAUUUUUAAAGUU